GGCGGUGGGAGCCGCUGCGGCCCGCCCCUGUGCUGGGCUGCGCGUCGGGCCCGGCUCGCACCGCUGGCCGCUCCGGGAGGGCCGGUGGCCGCGGCUCCUUCUCCGGGCGGCGAACCAAUUGAAAAUGUCUCAGAAUCCUGACAAGCCACAUUCAAGUGAAGAAAAGUUGAGUGGUUUGGAGGAUGGUCAAGAGGAGAGCUUGGACAACCCAGAUCAGUCUAUCAGAAAAAGGAUACGACAGAGUGCUCCAGGGUUACACAGAGAUGAUACACCAAAGUCUAGUCCUCCUCGGCCUGUGUCGUUAGAAGAGCUCAUGGAAACAGCUAAGGGAGUAACCAACAUGGCAUUAGCACACGAAAUUGUUGUUAAUGGAGACUUCCAGAUAAAACCAGCUGAAUUACCAGAACACAGCUUAGAAAAAAAAGUAAGAGAUAUUGUACAUAAAGCUUUCUGGGAUUGUCUGGAAGCUCAGCUAAAGGAAGAUCCACCAACAUACGACCAUGCAAUUAAACUACUGGGAGAAAUUAAAGAGAAUCUUCUGUCUUUCUUGUUGCCUGGUCAUACUAGACUGAGAAGCCAGAUUACAGAAGUUCUUGAUCUGGAUUUAAUAAAACAGGAGGCAGAGAAUGGGGCCCUUGACAUUUCUAAGCUGGUCGAAUUUGUUAUUGGGAUGAUGGGGACUCUCUGUGCUCCAGCUCGAGAUGAAGAAAUUAAGAAACUGAAAGAUAUUAAUGAAAUAGUUCCUCUGUUCAGAGCAAUUUUCUCUGUAUUAGACCUAAUGAAAAUGGAUAUGGCAAACUUCGCUGUCAGUAGUAUUAGGCCAAAAUUAAUGCAGCAGUCUGCUGAAUAUGAAAGAAAGAAGUUUCAGGAGUUUCUUGAGAAACAGCCAAAUUCUUUAGACCUUGUCACAAGGUGGUUGCAAGAAGCAGCAGAUGAUCUUGCUAAGCUGAGAUGUAAAAUGUUGCCUCCCCACAGUGGUGAUGGUGCCUCUGGUGGAGCUUCCACUCUGUGCUCCACUGCUGUCCAAAAUCAGGCCUAUCUGAAGCUCCUAAAGUGGGAUCAUGUAAACAGGCCUUUUCCAGAAACAGUGCUAAUGGACCAGAUGCGCUUUCAGGAAAUACAGCUGGAGCUGGAGCAACUCCUCGUGACUGGGACAGUCCUUCUGGUCACGUUCAGUGCAGCAGGCUCAGCACUCGUCGAUGUGCCUGGAUUUGCUGAAAAAAUCAAAACCAUUGUCAAGGUGCUGCUGUCAGGAAUGCAUCUUCCGUCCUUCAACCUGAAGGAAUCUUUGGCUACUAUCGGUGAAAAGGUGUGUGCUGAGGUUAAUGGCUGCCUUGCCCAGCACGGCUUUACACCGUUCUCAGCUGAGAGAGAGACUGUACUUAAAGGGCAAAUCCGAGCAGUGGCCAAUCCGGAUAACACCAUCUGCAAGCUAAUAGAUUCUCGAAUUCAAAAGUUUUUGGAGAAUUACCUUGCAUCUAGUCACCAGAAAUCAUUACCUGCUGUUCCUGGAGGAUUAGGCCCUAUUCAAAGAGAGCUGGAGGAGAUUGCUGUCAAGUAUGUUCGUCUUGUCAACUACAACAAAAUGGUCUUCAGCCCUUACUACGAUGCUGUCCUUGGGAAAAUACUGACUAAGGAAGAAUCCCAACUUGAAGGGAAGUUAGAGGAAUCAUAAAACCAGUUUGUAUGCUACCAAUACGGUAUUGUCAGCUAUUUUAAAAAGUUGCACCAAUGUAUGUCUAGGAAAACAGCUUUCCAUGUAAAUACUGGUUCCUUUUAAUUCGCUAGUGAUUACUGAUGAGGAAAACACAUGAGAUGCAAAAGGGGUUCUGAAGGAAACAGUGACAGAGAGAUGCAUUUUUAAUGUAAGUAUGCAACCGGGGAGGCGGGGUGUGUCUUGGUAGUUUUCGAUUUUUGAUCUGAUGCUAGGUAGGACAAGUUUAAGAACCAAACUUUGUUUUUAAUUGGCUCAUUUGAGGGCAUUUUACUCUAAUUUACUGUGAAUUUAGUUUAAUUACUUCAGAGCAGAUUUAGCAAUGGUCCUUCCCAGAAGGGGUGAUUUGGCUUUAAAAAAAAAAUCUUACUUUGAAGACUUAAGAAGAAAGCUAAAAUUCUAGUUAAGAGGAACUGUUAACAGGCAAAAAACAAAACCAAACAGCACUUUAUUGUAACAUUAUGGUUAGUAUGGUAGGCUACUAGGAUUUUCUGCAUUUUACUGCAUUUGUAAUAGCAUUUUUUUGCUGUUUACCUGCAGAUGUUACAAACACAUAAUAUAUUUUUGUAGCGAAUUUUCUGGUUAUUGGGUAACUGUCCUCUGCUAUGUACAGUACUUACAAAGGUGGCAAUCUUAUAGAUUGCAGCUGUAUUUAUCUCUUGUAAAGACUUCAGAAGGGCAGAGAUAAAAUGUUUUGAUAAAAGUGGCAUUUCUUACCUUUUUUUUUUGCUAGUAGUUUACUCCUUUUUAUGUGAAAUACUAAUUUUAAAGUAAAUCUUUGUCAUUUUCAGAAGGUGGAUUUAAAGUAUGUGAAACUUCAGGCUGAAAAUUUUACGUGUUUUUUAAAACUACAACUGGAGAGGGUUGCAUAUUCGAUCCUGUCUUCAAAGAUAUCCAGGAAGUGCAGAGCACUAUUGGAAGUCUAAGUGAUUUUAAUGUACUGUGAGAAGUGAAUGAUUUAAUGUUAGUUUGAAUACACAGGGAAUAUUUUCAGUAGAAGAUUUUUUUCACUUUGUGGAGGUGUUCGUGAAACUUAUAAUAUUUGUAGGUCUUGAAUUUAGCUACAUGUUGUAUAGUGAGUGUUCACAGAAGAGCUCAAUGAUCUUACAGCCUUAUUGCAAUUUCAGACUCAGCUAGGAGGCAAGUAUAUUUGAAAUUUUCCUCUAGCUGAGAUCAAUGCUUGAUUACAGUAAUCAAAAUUUGAUUUUAUGAAAGCGAAUUUCAUAGUUAUAAACAGCAAGUGUCCCAAGUACUAGACUAUCCAAAAUGGAAUGUAUUGUCUUUUUAAAAAAACCCCAACAAGUUAUGGAAAAUAAACGACGGGCCUUUUUAUUGCUAACAUCCAGGUUCAUUUUAUUAAUCAACUAGUCAACCAAAAUAAUAGAACAUCUAGAAGGAAGUCCUUGAUUAUGAAUUGGUGUUGAUGCUUCCCUUUCCAGUUUUCCUUUAAAUGUCAGUGUGGAUAUAGCUGCACUAAAUGAGUUUGGAGGAAGGCGGGAUAAGACCUUUUAUUUCAUAGUAAUCUAUGCAACUAUAAAACAAAUCUUAUAAUAAAGUUCCAGGUGGGUUUUUGGUGCGAUCUGUUUAAUUGUUUGAAUUGGCAAAGGAUACUACAGAGGUCUUCAAGAUUGCUGCAUGUGCUUACUGUACUUUGGUAUUAGUGCAGGAUCCACCUCAAAAUACAGCCUAUAGCUCUGCAGCUCCAAAAAAUUAAUGCAGUAGUCUGUGUAACAAAAGAGCUAUCAGAAACAUUAUUGCUAGAGAUAGAUAGAUAUAAAAAAAAUAAGCAAGAAAAAACUGUUUUCAUUUUUGUUAAAUGACAGUUGCAGAAGUUAUAAAUUGCUGCUGUUAUUUUAUAUUUUAGUACUGCCUAGAAGCUGCCUUUAAAGACCCCUGUGAAUUAUGCAUACUGCAAAAAUUUAGAUGCUGUAGGAGAUGAUCUCAAGGAUAUGGGGAGGAACAUCAUCAUGGUGGAACAACAUACUUGGAAAAGGCUUUGAAAAGUAUGUACAUGACUGAUGCCAGAAUGAAUGGGACUGCAUUAUCGAGAGAUACAAUUGUGCUUGCUUAAUCUAGGAGAUGGCUGCUCCCAGUUCUGGACUUCAGCGUCCAGAUGUCCAUGAUGGCCAACUCCUGCUUCCGCUGCCAUCGAAGCAGGGAUUGCGCUGCGCUAGCGCUCGCAUGUAACGUCAUGUAAAUGUAAGGUAUUGCCCACUCAGUCAGUCCCAUCUCCCCUCCCAGCAAGGCCUCAUGUAGGCAAAAGGGCAGUACCUACCUCUGGCUCCAGUCUCCCAUUUGGAGGGGUUGCUGUAGGCCUUCUACCAGUACAGCUCUAAAGAGACUGUACUAAAUGCCCACAAGUGCAAAUCAUCUUAGUGAUUCUUUCCUGGGCUGUUUUUUUAAUGAUAGUGGUUGACAAAUAGUCUCUCUACAUCACCUUUAAAAAGAAUAGGGAGAUGCAAUUAAGUGGCAAAGCAAGAAGGACAUAUGAGGACCGAUAAGGCCAGACCCUACCUCCAUGGGACCAUGGAUAUGGUUACGCAUCUGCUGACUCACCUUUUAGGCUGGUAGACGGGAGCUCUGGCCUACAGGCGCCUCCACUGCUGGGGGUGGGGACGUCUUCCAGCUUGUGCGAGUGCCUGACUGGCCUGUAGUGCCCAGGGGUUCUUACAGUCUUAGCAGAGUGCAGUUCUGAAUAGCCAAUUACAAGUUAAAACAACCUGAAGUAUCCUUAGAAACGGCUUUGAAAGUUCGUGUAGUGUUUUUGUUAGCUUGUUUAAAAAUAACAGGUCAAGCUGUGUAGCUAGUAUAUUAACAUUUAGCUUUGUACAUUAAGUGGAAGACCAAUGCAGUUAUCCAGGAACAGAUUGCGUUAGCCUAGUACUCCUGGACAAUCCACAUUAGAAAUAUGUACUGAAUUUGUCUUAUGAUGCUGUCUUCUUUAAACAGUCAUGGAAUAAAAAGCAGAAGUAUACCGUAUCCUCUAGAAAAAUGGAAAAAAAGCUAAUUCUAGUAUGUAUGCUCUGAUCAGUUUCCUGUGAUGGUCUUAUUAACGUUGCUUUUGAAGUGGCUGAGUAAUAUUUAAGAAGUAACUUGUGUUUGAAUAAAAGCAGAAUGAGGCAUGA